UCUUAAAUAAUUUUCAUAUAAAUUUACUCUGCGCUAAGCGCAGGUCUUAUCCUAGUUGGACUCAGUAAUAGUCAUACAAGUAUAUACUACUACUACUCCAUCCAUUUUAUUUUAAUUGUUUCUUUAGAUUUGUGUAUACAUAUUAUAAAACAUUUAAUUCUAUAUAUUUCUAAAUAAAAUCGUCAUUAUUUAUACACCUAACCAUAUUUUAACCAAUAUAAAAAUAGAAUGUUAUAUAAAAUUAAUAAAUUUUGUAUUAAAAUUAUAAAGUGAUAUUUAUUUUGCAACGAAUUUUUUUUUAUUUUACAACGAUAAUUAAAUUGAAACGAAAUGAAGUACUAUUUAUUAUUGGGUUACCAAUUUUCCAUGGAAUUUAAAGAAAAAAUUCAAAAAACAUUAUAAAGGUCAUGACUUAACAUUAUUAUUAUUAUUUUAUAAGAUAAAAAAUUUAUCUGUAAAAUGAUUAAAGUAAAAUUAGCUGUGUUCCAAAAAAAGAAGAAGUAAAACUAGCUACUCGCAAGUAGAUCUGUGAGGUCAUAUACAUACUCCUAAAAAAAUAGAAGUUACUUUACAUUAGUCUCUAAGAUAGAAUUGUUAGUUAAUUAAUAAUAAUAUUUGAUAACCUUUAAAUAUUUUUUUAGGUUUUGGAUGAUGAAAAUUGAGUAAUAAAGUAAAAUCUGAGCUGAACCUUUGACCUAGUAUGAAUAUUCUGACAAACACGUGGUUGGAAAUAUCGCCGCUUCUCUUUCUCUCUCUAAAUCUCUCUCUAUCUCUCUCCUGUCCUGUCGCUCUGGAGUUAUUUAUCUUUAUGUUAUGUAUAUAAACUCCAGCUCUGAAGAGUUUGUAACUUGCGAAUUGUGAGCUUCAUCUUCUUCCCCCUCACUCCAAGAAACAAAAACAAGAACAAAGAAACCUCACCAAUCAUCGUCUCAAGAACCUAACAGAUUCAAAAAAAGAUUCAAGAAGAAGUAACAGAAAAUUUCAAGAUUCCUUAACCGAGCUUUUUCAAGUGCCGACCGUGUAUUCGAGGUCAGAACCUCUGUUAUCGUCAGGAUCUCUUGAAUGGGUGUAUUAUUCUCCUGUCCCUUCGCCGAGCAAGAAGACGUGGAGUCUGCUCUAGACUCCAUCACAGUCAAGUCCAUAACCUUAGGCGAAGACAACGAGUGCAAAACUCCAAAGAGAUCUGUCAACUUCAAUAACAAAACUCUAGAGCCCACAAUCUUGAAAGGAUCUGGUGGUAAGAUGGUCGUUGAAAAGUCCGUUAGCUUCAAAGGGAUGCAGCUGGAGAGAAUGAUCUCGCUCAACAGGUCUCUCUUCAAAGAAGAUCACACCAAAGAGAAUGGCUUACAUGAGUUGGACAAUGGCAUCUCAGUUCUUGAUCCGAGUAACCCUAAACACGAAGCUGCUAUUAAGUUACAGAAAGUUUACAAGAGCUUCCGUACUAGGCGAAAGCUCGCGGACUGCGCAGUGCUUGUGGAGCAAAGCUGGUGGAAGCUUUUGGAUUUUGCUGAGCUUAAGAGAAGUUCUAUAUCAUUCUUUGAGAUUGAGAAGCACGAAACCGCGGUUUCUAGGUGGUCUAGAGCUAGGACUAAAGCAGCUAAGGUUGGUAAAGGUUUGUCAAAGAAUGAAAAGGCACAGAAGCUUGCUUUACAACACUGGCUUGAAGCGAUUGAUCCGAGACAUCGGUAUGGACACAACCUGCACUUUUACUACAACAAGUGGCUUCACUGUCAGAGUAGAGAACCUUUCUUCUACUGGCUUGAUAUUGGCGAGGGGAAAGAAGUUAAUCUUGUGGAGAAGUGUACUCGAUUAAAACUUCACCAACAAUGCAUCAAGUACCUUGGUCCGAUGGAAAGGAAAGCCUAUGAGGUUGUUGUGGAAGAAGGCAAGUUCUUCUACAAGAACAGUGGAGAAAUGCUUCAAACUUCUUCAAUGGAAGAGGGUGAUUCAAAGUGGAUUUUCGUGCUCAGCACGUCGAAAGUGUUGUACAUUGGGAAGAAGAAGAAGGGUGUGUUUCAACAUUCAAGCUUCUUAGCCGGAGGAGCUACUGUUGCUGCAGGGAGAUUAGUUGUUGAGAAUGGUGUUCUCAAGGCUGUUUGGCCACAUAGUGGACAUUAUCAACCUACUGAAGAGAAUUUCUUGGACUUUCUGUCUUUCCUUGGAGAGAACAAUGUUGAUAUCACUGAUGUAAAGAUGAGUCCUACAGAUGAAGAUGAGUUCUCUAUUUACAAUAAGAGAAGCACUCAUAUGAGAAACCAUUCUUUGGAAGAGGAUUUGGAGGCUGAGAAGACUGUGAUGGCUGAUCCAAGAGAGGAAGAAUCAACAACGGUGAUGGCUGUUGUAGAAACACCAAAGAAGAUGGAAUCUCUUAGUACAUUUGACUUAGAACAAGAAUCAAAGCCUUCAGAGGAGAGCUUACCCAGAGGAGGAGGAGAAGAAGAAGCCAAGGAGAGUGAAGUAGUCAAGAUUCCAGAAGAAUCAAUCCUAAAAAGGAUAAACUCAAAAAAGGAAACUAGAUCUUUCCAACUUGGGAAACAACUAUCAUGCAAAUGGACAACAGGUGCAGGACCAAGGAUUGGUUGUGUGAGAGAUUACCCAUCAGAGCUUCAGCUUCAAGCACUGGAACAAGUCAACCUGUCCCCGAGAAGUGCUUCUGUUUCAAGACUCUACUUCUCCUUUUCCUCUCAAAGGCAAAUGCCUCGGAUGUCACCGUUAUGGCGUGGAAUGUCAUUACCUGCAGAUAUCACACAAUUAUAACUGAUGGAAAGUUAUUGAGAUCUGAUCUAUUCUUUUUGUGUGAAUAGAGAAGAUAAUGACUUAGAAUUCUUUUGUAUUCUUUUUUUCUCACCUUAUAAUGUAACAGAGCAGCAUUUCAUUCGUUCAUUUGGUUUCUUGUUUAACAAGAAAUCACAGGUUAAAAUAAGUUUUUUUUUUACUAAAAGGUUAAAA